AUGUCGAGGGCCUUGUUAAUCUGCGGUGCUACUGGCAAGCAGGGUGGUGCUGUGAUUGACCAACUCCUGCGCCAGAAUGCCGACUUCGAAAUUCUAGCCGUUACACGAAAUGCGGACUCUGGUUCUGCUCAGCGGCUAUUGAAGAAAUCAAAUCAGAUCAAGCUUGUGCAGGGGAAUAUGGCGGACCCUACUGCGCUGUUCAAGACGGCGAGGGAGGUCACCAAGACCCCCAUCUGGGGCGUCUUCAGCGUCCAGACUCCCAUGGGCAUGAACCAAGGAGGAGGCGGCGAACUGGGCCAGGGCAAAGCUCUCGUGGACGCCGCUGUCGCCAAUAAAGUCUCGUUCUUCGUCUACGCCUCCGUCGACCGUCAUGGGGAUGAUUCUCUGAACAACCCCACAACAAUCCCUCAUUUCAUGCACAAGCACCAGAUCGAGGAGCACCUUAUCUCUAAGUCCAAGGAAUCCAAAAUGGGUUGGACAAUUCUUCGUCCCGUGGCGUUCAUGGACAACUUUACUGAUAAUUUCCCUGGACGGGUGUUCGUAACGGCUUGGCAAAUGGCCAUAAAGGGGAAGCCGCUGCAGUUGAUUGCGAGCAGUGACAUCGGGUUCUUUGGCGCACAGGCAUUCUUGAAACCGGAGGAGUAUAAGGAGCGAGGAAUCUCGUUGGCUGGGGAUGAGCUGACUUUUGAUGAGAUGCUUGCAGUUUUUGAGAGUACUACGGGACGGCGGCCGGCGGGCACGUGGAAGUUACUGACAUGGCUUUUCAUGGCGCUUGUGAAGGACUUUGGGUACAUGUUUAAGUGGUUUCACGAUGUUGGAUACGCUGCUGAUAUCUCAAAGUUGAAAAAGGAGCAUCCGGAGUUGAAGGAUUUGAAGACUUGGUUGAGGACGGAGAGUGACUUUAGGAAGCAUGACGAGUAG